GUGCGUUUCACAAAGCAGGUUAAACAAACUGUAAUCCUAAUCUCUGAAUCUACUCUGAGAUAGAAAACUCAGAGUUUCCGGUACCAGAACAGCGGAGUUGAGUUAGCUUAAUCAACGCGCAAUAGUUUCACCUGGAGUUAAGCGCGUGCGCCACAACCAUAAAAAGCCAGCAUCAAUUGGUCCCCGGUUCGACGAGUCCCCAUGGCAACGGGGAAGAAGAGGGCUACGUUUUUCACCAACCUCGAAUUGGAAAUCCUCAUGCGCUCGUAUGGCGAGUUUCAACACGUUUUUAAAAAGAAGUGCAACACCGCUGCAGCUGCAAACGAGAGGCAGACGGCGUGGGAGAGCAUUGCUGCUCGGGUCAAUGCGUGCAAUCCCGCGGGGGAGAAGCGCACUUGGCAGCAGCUUAAGAUGAAAUAUAAAAACAUUGUUCAAUCAGUCAACAGAAAGAAGGCAGAUGCACGUAAAACAUGUGGUGGCCCAGCACCUCCACCUCUAAAGGAGGCAGAGGAGCCGGCCCUAAACCACAAUACUGGAAGGCCAGUGGCUGAAGGAAUCCCUGGAGGGAGCUCAUCCUCUGAGUCCACCACCCAAGACACAAGUGCCUUUAUAAAACAUUCUGAUGGUGCUAUCUGUCUGAUAGAGCCCCCUCACGCCACAACACACCUUGUAACUGAUGAAGAGGAUGAGGAAACUGCGUCUGCUGCCUGUACAGAGGGGGAUCCAGAAAGGCCUACAGAGAGCAUGUCUGGGCAGCAGCAGGAGGGUCCCUCAACUUCCACUGCACAGAUUGACACAUUGACAGUAAAAGAGGUUUAUCAAAUUCACCUGCUGAAAAAAGUGUUAAAAUACGACAAAGAAAUGCUCUACUUGGACCGCCAGAUAAGGAAGGCAGAUCUGGAAAUUGAAAUACUGGAGCACAAGUUAGAGGCAUCCAACGGAUGCAGUGAGGAGAUGGCUCGUCUGCUGGAACGGGAGAAGUAUCUGAAGAGCCAACUUCAGAAACAAGAACUCCUCCUGCGCAGAUUACAGCUGCUGAGUCGACCUGACAGCAAGGACCAAGUCAGAGUGGACCAGAGCCAGGACACACAGCACAGAGACUGCUCCCAGGUCUUCAGUUCUGGCUCCAAAUCCAGCGGCUCAUACAGAAUUAAACUAAACAGAAGGCCUUCCCCGAUCAAAGUCUACUGUGAUAUGAGUGACGGAGGUGGUUGGACCGUCAUGCAGAGGCGGAUCAACGGAUCAGAGACAUUUAAUAGGUCGUGGGCAGAGUACAAGGAGGGAUUUGGAGACAUUGCUGCAGAAUUUUGGCUUGGAAAUGACAACCUACAUCACAUCACUGCACAAGGGAGUUAUUCUCUGAGGAUCUACUUGGAAGACUUUGAUGGUAACCAGCGCUACGCAGACUAUGAGAAUGUCAAAGUAGCUGAUGAAAAGGAUCACUAUCGCCUUACUUUUGGGGCUUACGCAGGCACGGCUGGAGAUUCUUUUUCUGGAAACUAUCAGUUUGGUGUGGCGGACUGGGCCAGCCACCAGGGCAUGAAAUUCAGCACCUACGACCAGGACAACGAUAACUACACGGGAAACUGCGCCCAGGAGGACAAAGGCGGCUGGUGGUUCAACAAGUGUCACUCGGCCAAUCUCAAUGGCUUGUACUACCCCAGAGGUCACUACAGUGCUUUAACAGAUGAUGGUGUGGUUUGGUACACUUGGAGAGGAUGGUGGUACUCGCUGAAGACCAGCGUCAUGAAGCUGCGACCCACCGACUUCAGAAUCGAUCCCAUAGAUGAUCCCAAUGCGGUUCAUCGCAGUCCACCUUCUUAGACCAGACAGAAUAUCAAUCCUUCUAGGCACUGGUGUAGAAACAACCAGUGGCAAGCAGUGCUGCUACGUUAAUACCAGCUGUAUAAUCAAACUGAAACAGACUUUAACAGAAAUCUCAUGUCAUAAUUAUCUUAAAUUCCACAGCUGCUUGUUUUUCGCACUAUGCACUAAUCAACCCCACUGGCUCCUGAUAGCAAAUAUGCUUCCUGUGUUAUCAAGCUGUAUAUCUGGUGGAGCAGAAUAAAUGAGAUGAGCCAAAGAUUCAA